UUUUUCAUUCGCUAUGCGGGGGAAGAUUAUCAUCCAUCCUCCUGUCCCUCCUCACUGGCGUCCAUAAGUAGCAUCGUUCACUCCUCCACUGCAUCACUCCAUCCUGCAGAAUAACACACUGACCCAGGGGUCCGAAUAAAAAGCGCGCGUCCAAGCCAACUCACUAUGUACUCCAGCAGAAGCGAGGGGCCACGCAGAGGAAGGUCAUUCGACUCCAUGAACCUCGGCUUGUGUUUGGAAGAAAAGCAACUUAACAAUGAGAUGAACAAAUCAACCUUUUCUAAGAUCGAUGAAAACAAAGAUAACAAGAGUGUGUCUGGAGAAAAGGGUCGUGCAGCUAUAGUAUUCACACUGAAGAAUGAAGUCGGGGGGCUCGUCAAAGCACUGAAACUGUUCCAGGAAAACCACGUCAACCUUGUGCACAUCGAAUCCCGAAAGUCCAAGAGGCGCAACUCGGAGUUUGAGAUCUUGGUGGAUUGCGACAGUAACCGUGAGCAGCUCGGUGACAUCAUCCAGCUGCUGAGUAAACACGUCAACGUGCUCGAGCUGGACGCACCCGACAACCGCCUUCCGGAAGAGAGUGGUACGAACCGGAAAUCAUGGCUGCACGCCAAACAGCACAAAAUGGAAAAUGUCCCCUGGUUCCCCAGGAAGAUCUCUGACCUGGAUAAGUGCGCGAACCGUGUGUUGAUGUAUGGCUCGGAUCUGGAUGCAGAUCACCCGGGAUUUAAGGACAACGUCUACCGCAAAAGGAGAAAAUAUUUUGCAGAUCUGGCUAUGAGUUACAAGCACGGAAACCCCAUUCCCCGAAUUGAGUUUACAGAGGAGGAGGUGAAGACAUGGGGGGUCGUGUUCCGAGAGCUCAAUAAUCUCUACCCCACUCACGCCUGCCGCGAGUAUCUGAAAAACUUACCUCUGCUCACCAAGUACUGUGGCUAUCGCGAGGACAACAUCCCACAGCUGGAGGACAUCUCAUGCUUCCUGAAAGAGCGUACAGGGUUCACCAUCAGACCAGUGGCAGGAUAUCUCUCCCCAAGAGACUUCCUGGCAGGACUGGCUUUCCGUGUGUUCCACUGCACACAGUACGUCCGUCAUAGCUCAGACCCUCUCUACACACCUGAACCGGACACGUGUCAUGAAUUGCUGGGUCACGUGCCUCUUCUGGCAGAGCCCAGCUUCGCACAGUUCAGUCAGGAGAUUGGACUUGCAUCACUUGGGGUAUCCGAUGAGGAAAUUCAGAAACUAGCCACAUGUUACUUCUUCACCGUGGAGUUUGGACUCUGUAAGCAGGAAGGGAAGCUGAGAGCAUAUGGUGCAGGCCUGCUGUCCUCCAUCAGUGAGCUAAAGCAUGCUUUGUCAGGGAACGCCUGCAUCAUGCCCUUUGACCCCAAAGUCACAUGCAAACAGGAGUGCAUUAUAACAACAUUCCAGGAGGUCUAUUUUAUGUCAGAGAGCUUCGAGGUGGCCAAAGUCCAAAUGAGGGAGUUUGCAAAGACAGUCAAGCGACCAUUUACGGUGCGUUAUAACCCCUACACUCAGAGUGUGGAUGUGCUGAAGGACACGACCAGCAUCAACUGUGUGGUGGAGGAGCUGAGACACGAGCUGGACAUUGUGGGAGACGCUCUGAACAGACUCAAUAAACACUCCGGCGUCUGAAUAACUGUUCCCGUAGAAAUAUAUAUUCCGCUUUAUAUAAAACUUUUCAAAAUGCUUCAGCAUUAUUAUAUUCUUUUCAAGGCAAUCACAGGAAAUUCCACGAGUUGUUGUUAACUAUGUGCGUAAUAAAAAGAAGAAGCAAAAGCCGUUAAAAUGACGCACCUUGCUGUUAAUCGUACUUUCAGUGUUGAAGGUUUAUGCAAGGAUAUUAAAGAAAAUGUAUUUUUCGUUGCACAUGACUAUUAUUUUCUCUCCGGACAUGUCAUUGUGCUAACGUUAUGGAGGCUCUGCUCAGAGUUAUGCGUUUGCGAUUACAGCUUUUUGUGUAAAAGUCAUUGAACUCCUUUGUGUAAUGAUAUUUUCUAUUCUUUAUUAUGAGCUUACUGUAUAUCUCAUAGCGUUCGUAUAAUUUUUUGGCUUUUUCUCUGUGAGGGAAAUGACAAGCAUGUGUAAUGUUUUGUCUCUGUGAACUCAAUUGAACCUGAUGAUUAUAUACUAUGUUCCUACAUCUAUAUACGUUCUGUCUCGCAUUGCUGUUUGUCAUGUCUGAUCUCUUGUCUACUAAUACAGUCAGAGCUUGCACUCGUUUAGAAUGACGACUAUUGGUGUAAAUAUGUCAAUGUUAAUUUAAGGGUCAUUUUUACAAGUGUCAAGAAUGCUUAGCUAACCAAAUGAGUGAUGUAAAACAGUCCUUCUGCAAUACAAUGCAGGUUUUAAACUGCUAGAUGAAUGUGAAUUUAG